GAGAAAGAUCACCCACGCUCCGCUGCACCACCCCGAGGACGAUGGCCAGGUCUCCUGCACUGCUCCUCCUGCUCAGCCUGGGGCUCUGCUGCACCAGUGCCCAGGGACGGAGGGAUGCAGUGGUGGUCAGGUUCCUACACAGGAAUACGAAUAACCCCCAAGAGGGGCAGCGGCUAGAGAUGGAGUGUUCACCUAAGAACAUUGACAAUGGUGCCUCCUGGAUCAGACAGGACAAGGAUGGGAAACUUCACUUCAUCGUCUACAUUUCCAUGUUAUCCCGUACGACCUACUCAGGGAAUGAGAACACAUCUCCAAACUUUGAGGCAUCACAGAAAGGAAACUCCUAUCGGCUAGUCGUGAAGAACUUCAGGGCACAGGACCAGGGGACCUAUUUCUGCAUCGCCAACAUCAACCAGGUGCUGCACUUCAGCUCGGGACAACCCGCCUUCUUCCCAGUCACAACAGAAGCACCCACCACACCCGCUGCCACCACCCAGAGCCGCCACGUCACCAAGAAGGACACCUCACACCAGAGCCUGCAUCCAGGUAACGCAGCACUGAGGAGACAGGGGUUGUCCUAGAAGAAUUGCUUUGAUGAGAAGAGGCUACAUUAAGGUCAUUGCUGACCAUAAUAUGCAUUUCAGGAUGUAGGGAGAACUCUGCAGCUCCAGGGAUGAAACUAACUCCAUUUUACAAUGAGUAUCCCAGAGAACGGAGCAAGAUUCCUUUUGCAAAGCUGUUCACGAGGAGUGGGACAACAUGAAAGGACAUGUGUUAGUGAUGAGACUCAGAAGGUCAAGCUGAUGGCUGGCCUUGGCGAUCGUGAAGGUCUGCCCCAGAAAAGAUGAUUCCAUUAUUCUAAACCCACGUUUCACCCCACUUAGGGUGACUUAGAAGUCACAAGCAUUCCAAAUGAUGGAUCACACCAAAACAAAGGACUGCUUUUUGAACAAACACUGCUUUCAGUCACAGAAGGGGACAUGAGAAGUCUUCUGGCUAUGUGUCCUCCCUCAGCUCUCCAGCACAAUGCCAACACCAGCAGCCCAUGGCUGGGGAUGUCACCUGCAGACAUGCCUGGUUUGCACCGCACUCUCUCGGUGCCCUGUGAAAGCCCUCUCCUCAUCUGUAGCUACCGCCAGCCUCGCUUAGAAACUCACAGUUCCCUUUGCUGCAGGACCUCCUGAUGGCUCCACCACAGCACGCUGUCACCACAGCUGGCUGGGGCCUUUCCUCUUUCCUUUCUUCCUGCAGGAACAAGCAGCGAGAAUACACUGACUAUCGGCUGUGAUAUAGUCAUAUGGAUUAACCUAGCUGGCGCCUGCCUCCUGCUUCUCACUGCCAUAACCAUCACCAUCAUGCACUGCCAAAGACCAAGCUCACCGUAAGCAAGCAGUGCUGCGUCGCUGCUCAGCAGAAGGCACACAGGCGUCCUCCUCAAGCACCGCACAGAUCCCAUCAGCAACACACACAGCUGCCCUGAUGCUGCGCGGGCAUUUGGCUGCUCCUCCUGUGCUGCCCACCAGCACUGCACACCUCCCGCGGCCUGACAUGUGCUCCUGCCCCACACUGCUGGGACACACCCAGACCGCGGGGGACAGCACUGACCCUAAGAAGCCGGGCAGCUCCGUGCUGCUGUGGAAAAGUGCUGUGUGCUGUGCUGGACAGCUGAGCCUUCCACAAGAUGACCAAUAAACCAAUCAUAUACGAAA